CUUAUUAGGACUCGCUCUUUAGCCGUGUGUAACGGUUUAGAAAUGUAAACGACGAACGUUUUAUAAUUAUUUUAUGAACUUCAAAGUUGACAGCCGUCAAGUGGGUGGUUAAUAUGGGAUGGUGUGGACAGCCUUGUCACUUGGCGCGUAUAUAAGGACAUUGGAUGUGCCAAUUGCCUGCACAGUUGCUCAUUGCUAAUCUACGAGUACGCGCCAUACUUCCUAUUGUGUCAAGUGUAUUCCAACGAGGAUUAAUCCCAGCGAAAAGACUCAGAAUGUUGCAAAUUUGGCGUGUGCUCUUGCUGUUGGCCAUCUGCAGGCAAUCCUAUGCGCUGCCCACGAACCCAUCUACGGAUCAGCAGCUGAACACCUGUGAGCUCCAGCUGGCCAAGUAUCGGAAGUUCAUACUCCAGGCCAUCCUUAGCUUUGAGGAUGUUUGUGAUGCGUACAAUGCACGUCCUGUGACGCCUGAAGAUGGCGCUAUGUCUGAUGCCUGGUUGUUCCAUCAAUAUGCGCCACCACCAACAUCGCAGCGAGGUGAAAUUUGGGCCUUCUUCAAGCUUCUGAUGGCCCAGUUCAACGACGUGGAGUUUGCGACCAUCAUUCGGGAUGCGGUCAUCGAGCGUUGUCGCUUCAAGUUGCAGCGCGACGAUAAACGAAACUCGGUUGUGCUUGGCAAGAAGCAGCGAUUCCACUCGUGGGGUGGCAAGCGCUCACAGGAUUCACAGGGAUUCCCGGAGACAGUGGCGAUUGUCUCGGGCGCCGCAGGCAUGGAUCACAACUACUACUAGAGCAGAGAAGUGCCAAUCAAUGCAUUUGUUUGCAUGCAGCACUAUUAUUAUUGUCCUCAUCUAUUAAACUCAUUCCAGAAAUGUAUGAAAUGCCACUCAAUCAGUUUACUCUAAAUGUUUGAAUAUUAAUAAUAAAUAUGCAACGAGAGGGUUACUUACCAU